AUGAUUCUUGGUUUGGGAAAUGAGAGUUCUGUGACCAUGUUCAUCCUUUUGGGUUUUUCAGAAUAUCCACAUCUCCAUGCACCUCUUUUCCUCCUAUUUUUUACAAUAUAUACAGUUACUAUAAUAGGUAACAUGGGCAUAAUUGUGGUCAGAAAGGUCAAUCCCAAGCUCCACACACCCAUGUACUUUUUUCUCAGUCAUCUUUCAUUUUUGGAUAUUUGUUAUUCCAGUGUAUUUACGCCUAAACUGCUAGAAAUCUUGAUUGUGGAGGAUAGGACAAUCUCUUUCAAAGGAUGCAUGACACAAUUUUUUUUUAUUUGUGCAUUUGUGAUUACAGAAAUGUUCAUGUUAGCAGUGAUGGCCUAUGAUAGGUUUGUUGCUGUCUGUAACCCCUUACUCUACACAGUUUCAAUGUCUCCCAAGCUGUGUGCAUUCCUUGUAGCUGGAACAUAUAUGUGGGGUGUACUCUGUUCCUUGACAAUUACAUACUCUCUUUUGCAACUAUCCUACUGUGGACCUAACAUCAUCAACCACUUUGGUUGUGAGUAUUCUGCCAUUCUGUCUUUGUCCUGUUCUGACCCCACCUUCAGCCAAGUGGUAUGUUUAAUCAUUUCUAUAUUCAAUGAGACUUGCAGCCUCCUCAUCAUCCUGGCUUCCUAUGUCUUCAUAGUUGUCACAAUCAUUAAGAUGCCUUCUAAGGGAGGACUCCAAAAAGCUUUCUCUACAUGCUCCUCCCACCUGACUGCCAUCAGCAUCUUCCAUGGGAUCAUUCUCCUUCUCUACUGUGUACCCAAUUCCAAAAACUCAUGGCUUGUGGUCAAAGUGGCAACAGUGCUCUUCACUGUCAUGAUCCCCAUGCUUAACCCCCUCAUCUACAGCCUUAGGAACAAAGAUGUAAAGGGGACAGUCAGCAAACUCAUGCGCUUAAAACUUCAAGCUCAUUCAACAUAA